AAUUAAUGGAUAAUUAAGAGGAGAAAUAGUAAGAAUAAGAGAAAGAGUAAUUAGUUGAAGAAUAGGAUGAGAAAUAGGGAGAACAAUUAAGUAAAAACUAAAAAAGGAAUUAAAAGAAAAAGGAGAAAAAGAAAAAGUUAAAGGAGUAGAAUCAAGAGAUCAUUUAAUAAGUAGAGGAAGAAAUAAAAGCAAAAUUGAAUUUGAGUGAUGCUGAAUAAACAGAUCUUGAAAUAGCAUGGUGCAUAAAGCAAAUAAAAUUAGGAUUGUCAUAAAAAUUGACACCUGAAGAGAGUAAUAAAAUAUGAGAUUUUUUGAAUAGUAAAAAUAUCUAUGUCUAUGAUUGAAUUAUUGGAAAGUGACUAAGUUCCAUUAGUGAAGAAGAGAAUGGCGAUGAAAUCAAGCUUUGGAGAUUAUAGAAAACUAAUGAAAUAAUAUAAAUGA